UCUCAUAAUUGCUUCUACUUUUUCAGAUAUCUACAAUCAGCGGUCGAAUUAAAAACAGUGCAGAAGGAUGUUUUGAGUAUAUUUUACCUUCUAGCCGCGCAAUCAAUGCUUUUCUUUCCAAGCAAGCAGCGUUUUUCGGCAAAAGCAUGAAAUAGAAUCGUACGUGGUACGAAUUUAUCGGCACAAUCUGAUCAAGGACGGAGGCAUCAUCAAACGGAAACUACGCGAAAAACUUUUCGAAGAGAUAAAAUUGCGCCGCAACACUCGUGUGAAAAUGGACGAGUUGGGCUGGGUGCUGAUGAACCACAAUUUGAUAACACGUAAUGAGCCAAUCCAACAGCAUGCCAAUGGUAAUCGACCAAAUAAUUUUAAAUUGAACAUGGAGCGGUUGCGAAACCUACUGGAGCAGCAAGAACAGAACAAUCACGCUGAGUUGACUUCCAAAAAGCAAAACAAAUCCCUGCGUAUGCUGGAUGCAAUUUUACAAAACGACAAAGUUUUGAAGGAAAUUAAAGAGAUGGUAGCGGCGAAUCGACUUCUAUCGGAAAUUCGUUAUGUGACUACGGUGGAACGUAUGCUGAAACACAAUUUGGACCCCUCUUUGCGCUGCUGCUUUGUAUGCCGAGAGUAUUUCCGCACUGCCGAUGAGUGUACCAGUCAUUUCGAAAAAUUGCACGGUGAGAAAUUUCUUAUUGUUGCGGCGGUGGAUCGAUUUCAGACUAGUCAAAAGUUCAACGUUCUACAUCACUACAAUGCCCUUAAUCCGGUGACAAUAUUCAUGAUUUGCAACGUAUACCACACAGCCCUAAUAAAAAAAAAAACAAGAAAAGACGGGUCUAAUAUUUUACAAUAAAGUCUACAAUCUACCACUUUCCACGAAAAUCGUAGAACCACUAUAUCGGUUAGACAUGGAAUGGCUGAUACAUAUAAGGCAGAAAAAAUGUUUAACUUUGGAAUUCAACAUCCUAUAUUUCCUCGUACCAUUAAGUUCAUGGCGCAUUUGAUGUCGGUCAUCGUAACUGCUUCUAUGGAAAUGACGUGAGCAGAAAAGUGUGGUAAACAAUGUCCGGGUUAUUUUUCGUUAUGAGAACCUUGUUUCCACAUCCUUUUACUGCACAAUAAUACGGCAUCUGAAGUAAAUAAAAUAUUCACAAUAUAAUUUUGGCAUGAUAGAGAACCGCGAGAUGAACGAUUAUCUGUGGAGGAGUUGGACAACAGAUUUCUUAGACUUAUAGCACUUUUAUCACACUCACAAGCUAAUCAAUUCCUCACUGUCCCCCAAAAAUAUUGAAUAAUAUAUAAUUUUUUUUUCCCAAAAUA